AUGGAGGAUAUGGCCAGGGCCGAAUAUCCCGCCAUGCUGGCAGCUCUCCAGCCCAGCCAGGCGGCGCAUACCCUUAACGAACGAAUGAAGCGCAUGUCCCGCGUCAACAACGAAAUCGCCGACUGGCUCCAGGAGCGCCGUCGUGUGGAGGAGCAGUACGUGCAGGGUCUGAAGAAGCUCACUCUCUUCAAGGUGCCGAAUGCUCAGUCCGAGCUAGGUGUCUUCCAAGCGCCAUGGAAUCGAAUCGUUGACUCGACUGAGAGCAUUGCUCACUCGCAUCACCAGCUCGCCGAUCGCAUCGAGAAAGACAUUGAACACCCGCUGCGCAACUUCGGCAGCCGGAAGGACGUUCAGAGCAUGACCACCAUGGCCAAUAACCUGACAGCGAUUGCUAAGGAUCUCGAGGAGUCCCAAGACCGUGUUGACAAGCUCACUAAGAAGGGAGGUCGUGCAAAUACUUCCAAGGUCGAUGCCGCCUCAUCCAAGCUCGAGUCCGCGACCGGACAAUGGGAAUCGCAGGCGCCCUUCAUCUUCGAAUCUCUCCAGGCCCUCGACGAGUCGCGUGUCAACAACUUGCGUGAUCUUCUCACCCAGUACCAGACCCACGAAUCCGAUUCAUCCCAGCGCGUGCAGGAGAAUGCUAUGGAGACCCUCGCACUGAUGCUUGAGAUUGAUACCAACCAAGAGAUUCAAUCUUUUGUGAAUAGGGCCACGGCUGGCAAGGCCAAACUUCCUACAAGAUCUUCAACACGGCAGUCGUCUUUUGCAGGUACCACACCAUCGACACCAGUACCCCCAAGCACGGCCGAUAGCACCAAUCUGCCACCUCCAAGUGCUCAUACUACAUCUCCUGCGCCUGUUCCGGCCCCCUCAUCCUCUCACGCCGGCGACGAUGAUAUGAGCGAGAAUAACUCAGUUCCGCAGGAGAAGCCAGGAGGCAAACUCCGCCGCCUCGGUACCAUGUUUGGUGGACGCAGAAGGCAGAGCAUGCAUGCUGGUUUUGGCCAGCUCUCGCCUGGAAAGCUUGGUCCCAGCUUUGGAAGACUAGGAACCAGUCACAGCCAGAACGAACGCGGUGUUUCGCCUCGAGGCUCGUCCACCAACCUCCAGGAGCACCACCGAUUGUCCUCCCUAGCAGAAACACCCGAUGCGCCCAAAUUUCCCGAUGACAACAACGAAUCGCCCAGACCCGAGCCCUCGCAUGAGAACACGAACGGUGUGUCGCACAAUGGAACUCUUCUCGACAGCCCCAUCCCACAAACGACGGGAGGCACAGUCAACGGUAACUACGAGCCCGAUCUGUCAGAUGUCCAGCCGCCUCCAGGCCCUCCCCCGUCGCACAAGCAAGAGAGCCAGUCCCCCGUACCGCCACCAAUCGCAACUAAGGAUGCUGAGGGAUUCAACGUUCCACCGCCAAUGAACGACCCCAUCUCCGAGGCUCAGCGUGAGGCAAAGGAAUCUGGUGAAGAUCCUGACCAACUGCUCAAGGUCAACAUCCAACAGACACCCGUCGAGGAUGAAGACCCAGAUGCCAAGCUAGCUGCGAUGUCCAGUGUCGCCAACAGCUUGAAGCUUGGACCGGCCACCCGCCGCAGUGGUACAGUGAGGGGACGUCGCGACGUGCGCCAUACUAUGUACGUGCCGCCGCCAAACCUGCCUGAGAACGAUACAGACUCCUCUAUAAGUGCCUUGCCUGUAUCUCCUAUUCUUGCACCAUCCACUUCGAAGGCAAGUGCUGUUGCGGCCCUGGCAUCAGAGGCCAGCAUUGCGGGCACUUCGGAUACGCAAUCCGUGAGAUCAGGCAACUCAUUGGGAGGUCUGAACCAUCCCCAACACGCCCAGAUGACUGCUCCAGGUCUGAACACAUCCAUCAUCGAAAGCGUUUCUGCCAUUUUUGAGGAUGGUGUGAUCAAGUCGAUGUCCAUUACUGGUGAGGUUGCUUUUGUCAACAACCCCAGUGACUCAGGCGAUGCAAAGAGCUACGAAACAAUCCGCAUCAACAACUUUGCGGCCCUGGAGCGCAUUGGGCCAAACCGCAUCUUCGUGCAGAACUCAUCUCCUGACCACAACGAUCAGUUCAACCUCGAUGUAUCUCACCUCACCAAGAACGCCACCGCAUUCUCAUACCGAGUAUUCUCCGAUGAUUCCGAGGCUCUGGGCGAGCAUGCUCCUAUCGUUCUGAAACCCGCAUGGAAGCCUCAGGGAGACAAACUCGGCUUGUUGCUACAAUACUACCUCAAUCCUUCCUCCAAGCUUGCCGCCCCAGUAUCACUACACAACCUUGUCAUCGUCGCCACAUACGAGGGCCGAUCAAGCGGCGCACAAACAAAGCCCGUGGGAAUACACCUCAAGGAUAAGCACCUCGUCUACUGGCGCAUCGGUGAUCUCAUCCUUACCACCGAACCUCAGAAGAUCGUAUGCCGAAUCAUCGGCGCAGAGGGUGCAGAGCCUAAGUCAGGCCACAUCGAGGCCCGGUGGGAGUACACAGCCUCCGGCGACCAGCCCAUUGGAAGCGGUAUCUCCAUCUCUCGACUCGAUGAGGGCAAGGGCAAAGGCAAGGAUAUGUCUGAUGACGAUCCUUUCGCAGACGAUAGCGCGAGCACAGAGCAGAAGUGGGUAGACGUGCCUACGUCAAGGAAACUCGUCAGCGGCAAAUAUGAAGGGCGAUAA